GGCACUCCCGGAGCGCGAGUGUGGCAUGGAGGUACUGCGCGCGCUAGUGCUGGCUCUGUGCUGGGAGGCCAUGUGGGGUCUCAAGUGCUACUCGUGCAGCUACAGCAAGGACUCGGAUGUGGAGGACACGUGCGUGAAGAAGCCACAGGACGUGGCCAAUCCCACCGCCACGUGCAGCAAGCAGUUCUGCUUCAUCAAGAGGAUCCAGUUCACAGACGGCGGAAAGGUGUCGUCGUUCUCGCGAGGCUGCAUCGACAGUCUGAAGACGGGCAAGACGGUGAGCGCCGACUACACCAUCUACACGAGGACUUGCGGCGCCUCGCUGUGCAACGACUGGGACGGCGUGGCCGACAAGUACGGCAAGGGAGACGCCGACCAGGAGGGGGUGGUCAUAUACGCCCCUGGCACGGGCGGCGGCGCCAGUGUGGCCCGGGCGCCCGUGGCUGUGGCUGUGGCUGUGGCUGUGGCUGUGGCGCUCCUGGCCCGGUGAGCGCUGCCGCCUCGCUCAGGCACUGCACUUCGCUGUGGAACACUUAUGGCAAACAGAAGAUUUAGGAGAUAAUUAAGAUAGUUUCACAUAUGCAACAUAAGAAACACUUCUUAUGUACAUAAUUCACAAACAAAAAAAACAACUAUUUUUCAUUGAAUGGAACUAAAAUAUAACAUCAACAAUAAAAACUUUCUAAAUAAAACACUAAAAAAGAACAAACUAGCUAACUAAUAAAAAUUUAUAAUUUGUUGGGCCUAGUAGGAAAUUAAAUGACAACAGAAUAAAAAAAUUGUAAAGGAAAUAUUUAUAUUCAACAUUGUAAUUUUCUGGUCACAAAUAAAAUGUUUGCUAUACUUUAUAAUUGUAA